CAUUAUGACAAUACAAUAUUAUUAUGAUUAUAUCGUUUUCAGAAUUUAAUUAACAUUUAGAGACACCGAGUUUGUUUCCAAUGACUGGAAUAAUUGCAUUUAAUAACAGACGCAUUCCGCAUGCGUAGCACUGUUUUACACACAAACGUAAAUACUAGCUCGUGCGUGUGAUUUCGUCAUUAUUAUUCAAUUUUGGGCGUCUAAUGAGUUGUGAGUAAUUCGAUCCCCGCGCUUACCUGCUGCUCAUCACCACCGAAAUUAUCGAGUGUCGACGAUGCCGAACAACCAGUUCAUGCACCCGAGAAAUAUCAACGUAAGCCACCUGCAUCAAGGAGCUGUCGGUAAAAUAUCCGGAGUUUAAUACUCGUCAACAAGUUUGAACGGCAAAAUCGUUUUCGACUUCAAAAAUCAGGACGGCCUCAGAUUGUUGACCACUAUACUAUUGAAGAAAGACUUCCACCUAGAUGUGCAUUUGCCAGCGGUAGACUGGUACCCACCGUUCGGUUACGACUUAACCAUUUUUUGUGGAUUGAAAAUCUGUUCAACUUGAACUACGACAAUACGAAAAAGAUCAAAAGAAUUUUUUUCAUCAAAGGAAUCAAAGGAAUCAAAUUAAUUGCCAUAUAAUAAUUAAAAGCAAAAUGAAUAACCAUGAGUCAGAUCAAGACAAUAACAAAAACAAAAAACAUCAAAUAUCUAUUGAAUUAGAUGACAGUGUAAUUCAACUUCCACUAUCAACCUUUAUUAAUAUAAUAGAAUAUGUUGUCACUAACCAUGUAUUGGAAAUUCAGACUGACAAGACAAUUAUUGACCUAAAUGAUUUGGUAAAUAAUCAGUAUUGGAAAAAAAAUUGUGAAAAUUUGAAGAAAACUCUCCACAUUUUAGAUUGUUAUAUAAAUCACUUGGAAAGAGAAUUAAAAAAAAAUAAGUUUGCACAACCAAAGAGAGGUACUAGUUGGGUUCAACAACAAGUUUCCUUAAGAAUGGACAACAAAAUGAAAAUGGCCAGUAAUGCACUUUGGAAUUCUAAUAAGAUCGAUCCAAUAUUUACAAUAUCAGAUAGUGAAGAUGAUGCUGCCAUAAUAACUGAUACGUCAAAAUUCAAACCAAUACAACCUAUAAAUGAAAAUAUUAUUGAUUUGAUUGAUUUAGAUGAUAAUACCAAAAACUUGGCAGAUAAAUAUAAACCAGCUUUGAAAUCAAAAACAAAUGUUUCUAUACCUGAUCUCAAAACCAAUGAUAAUAAUACAGUACUACCAAUUAAUACUGAAGCCGGCAAAACUUUAAGUAAUGGAGAAUGUUUAUCCACGACUAUACAGAAACGGAAACCUGGGUCAAAAUCAAAGACAAUGUUUGCUAGUGAAAUGGUUCUUUUUAGUGCUGAAAAUAAGAAAACUGUAAAAAAAAAAAUGCGUUUUAAUGAGUUUGAAGUUAUUAAUAAUAAAGAAUUAAAUAUAAAAAAUAUGUCAACUUAUAAUUCAGUAAAUAAAUUAAAAGUUCCUGAGAAGUAUAAUCAUAAUGUUUUCUAUAAGUCAUCAAACUUAAAGUAUCCACCACCUUUACCCUUAACAGUACCACAUAGAAAUCAACCGUCAUGGAAUAACUUGCCACCAAUACCUAAUAUGACAAUCGAAACUUCAGGAAAUAAAGUGACAUUGACUUGGAACAUGCAUUUGACCUGGAAGACAGCAAAUAUCAAAAUGUAUGAACUGUUUGUAUGCCAAGAGACUGAUGCACCUCCAAACAUUUCUAUGUGGAAAAAAAAGGGCAAUAUAGAAGCAGAUUUGUUGCCUAUGAUUAUUGAAGUAGAAUUGAUUGAUUUAGGACACAUUUACCAUUUUGCUCUAAGGGCGGUGGAUGUCCACAACAGACGUGCACCUUUUGCUGUACAAAAAACUAAGAUUUAGAAUUUAAAUAAUCAAUUUAUGAUAAGUAUUUUAUUUUAACUUUUUAUUGUAACUAAAUUAUUAUUAGCCAAUGGGUUAUUUUUAUUGUAAAAUAAUAAUUUAAAAAAGUUGAUAAAUCUUUUUUUCUUAAUAAUUUAAUAAUGACUUAUUAAUUAUACAUUAGAAAUUAGAUUAGUUUUAAUAUGCUAUACUUAUAAUGAUUAUAAUAAUUUUUGAAGAGAUUAAUAUUAAUUUUUAAAUCUUUACAAAUAAUAAUAGCAGUAUUUAAUGAGCUUUUAAGACCAAAAGAUUUAUAUAUUUUUCCUAAAUCUAUUAUUAAUAUUAUGGUUACAUAUCGGUACAACACUCCUAUGCUUACAUAUAAGUAAUAAUACA